GAGCCCCGGCUGGCGGAGAGCCUGGCCCAGCCGCACCAGACAGAGGCAGGCGAGUGACGGGGCCGGAGCCUGUUUUGCACCACGCCGCCGCAGAGGAGGAUGCUGCCCGCGUGCCUGCUCCUCGCCACCACCUGCCUGCAGGGCAGCUUGGCGCUGGGGCCGCCCGCGAAGCCGGUCCUCGAGCGGCUCCGGAGACUCGAGGAGCAGUUUCGCCGCUUUCGGGAGGUGACGCUGACCCACCUCCAGGGCAUCGCCAGGAACUACAACAUCUCCUACAAUAUCGACGCGCGGUUCGAGGCGCUGGCGCGGCAGGGCGAGGCGGCGGCGGCGGCCCUGCGCGACUCGCGGGCCGCCCUGGGCGCCGAGCUGGCCCGUGUGGCCGCCGCCACGGCGCGGCUGCGGAGGAAGGUGAGGAGGCUGGAGGGCAAAGUGGGCGCCCUGGGCGAGCGGCGGGAGCUGCGCCGGCUGCCGGACCGGCAAGAACUGCGGUGCCUGCGGGAAGCCGCCUGGCUGGGCGCCCCGGAGCAGGAGCCGCAGGGCCGGGCUCCCGCGCGGGACCUCGCCGAGCCGCCGAGCCGGCGCCAGCGGCCGGCAGAGCAGCCGGCGGCGGGCAGGCCACCGAAGGCGAGGAAGCUGCAGGCCUGGCACAGGCAGCGGGAGAGGUUGCGGCAGGAGGACGACCGGCGAGAGGCCGUGGACCACCCUCGGGACGUGGCGUGGGGACCGGCGGCCGUCGGACAGCCGCUCCCCAGCCUGGCCAGGAUCCACCAGGAGCAGCCGCCGGCCUCCGAGCAGCCGGGAACGAUCUGCAACGUGGGCUCCACGCUGCUCUUCCCCAACGCCUCCACGGAGAACGUGGCCGUCUUCCGCACCGGGCUGCGAGCGGGGCUGCGGGCGCUGUCGCUGUGCGCCUGGGUGAGCACCCCAGCCCCGUACCUCGGCACCCUGCUGUCCUAUGCCACCGAGGACGACGACAGCAAGCUGGUCGUGCACGGCCGGGACAGGGGCCUCCCCGGCUCCGUGCACUUCAUCAUCGGAGACGGAGAGUUUCGGGAGCUGCCGGUGGCGCCGCUGCUGGAUGGCAAGUGGCACCACCUCUGCCUCAUCUGGUCGUCUGAUCAGGGCCAGUACCGCUUCUACGUGGACAGGAGGCUGCUGGCUGCCGGCUCCGGCUUCCGGCAGGGCUAUGAGAUUCCUGCCGGCGGCUCACUGGUGCUGGGCCAGGAGCAGGACGAGGUCGGCGGGGACUUCGACCCCUCAGAAGCCUUUGUGGGCCAGCUGGCCGGCUUGGCCCUCUGGAGCCGGGCUCUCAUGCCUGGGGAGGUGGCCGGCAUGGCAACCGGCCGGGGGCUGCCCCCCGGCCCCCUGCUCACGCUGGCCGAUGCCUCCCUGCAGGGUUGGGUGCUCAGGGCCGAGUGCGCCUGUCUCGAGCGCUGCUUGUGAAACACCCGUCCUGUUUCCACAGCACGCAGGCGUGGUGUUGCCUCCCAGUAGUUAAAGUUGGCUUAUGGUGCCCAGCAGACACGAACCGCUUCCUCCCUGACAGCGAUGGGGUAGCGCUUGGAGGAGAUGUCCACAGAUAGUCACGAAUUCCCUGUGUCUGUGCUGGCCAGGAUGGUGCUGAUGGGGACCUGGGGGCUGGCGUAUCCCCAUGGCAGUCGUGGGCUGGCUCAAGGGCAGCAGUCAGAGGUAGCUCCCGGUGCCUCUUCUCUCCGUGUACUUGCUGCCACAGCCAAGAGCUGCCACCAGCUCCAGGGGGAACACGACAGCGACUUGGCAGUGCAGGUCGGUGCGUUUCGUGGCACGAGAACAGGAGGUGAGCAAAAAUAAAAGAGAUUUUGGCAGCCAGAGUACAACAGAGGUGAGGCAGGGGCCCCAGCUGCAGUCCUGGGACACCUGCGUUGUCCAUAACCAGCCUCAGCUGCUGCUUGUCCAAAAGCUCUUCUGACCCCACUUACAGCACUGCGCCCCUCGCAGGCUGUAACCCAGUUUUCAGGGGUCUCCCCUCUCGGAAUCGGCCAACACGAGUCCUGGGCAGCUUGCAGGAUUUCAUCCUCACGCGGCAGCGCUGCCUGUUCAGAAGCUUUUGUAGUAAGUAGCCUCAGCUGACCACGUCCCGCGUCUGCGCCACCGCCCCUCCAGAGCCCCAGAGCCCCAAGCAGCUCAGCGCGGACCUUCUCUUGGGGCUCGGAGGCUGUGUUGGAGGGAAGGUCAAAGCAGCUGCCCCCACAUCCCUUGUGCUGCUACGUCUCCUCGUGGAGCUGCGCGUCUGAAGGAGCCAGCUGAGAGCUCCCCAGCGCUGCCUUUCCCCAGGCUCCCCGGGCCACGGCAGCACGGUGGGCCCGGCUGCGGGGGCUGUGGCAGCGGGUGACAGGGCUGAGCAACCUCGUGCUGGCGGAAAGUGUGGUUGUGCCAUGAGCUGGGGUCCCCUUGGCCAGCCUGGCCUGGUGCCACGUCUGUGUGGUCGCUUCCAAGCUGUGAUGUCCCUGGUCUCA